UACUGUUGGUACGCCCCACAGCUGUCCGAAAGAGAAAUUGAGCCAACAGCUGCCUGCCGCACAUCACAAAGAAACGUUCGUUUGCUAUCACUAUUAUCCUCUCCAUUGGUAGCUCUCGUGAUUUCUCCUGUUCGCUUGGCUAGAAACUCUAUUUCCUGUUUUCCAAGCUGUUUCCCUCACGAUGGCACUGCGACGAUCAAUUUCCCGACUCGCUAUGGUCUACUUGGUAACACUGUGUUUGAAAACGGCAUUUGUCUCGGCUUUUUCCUCCACAAAUACACCCACUACCCCCACGUCGUCCGUUCAGCAGCGAUCAGCCAACCAGCAAGCACUGGAAGACGCCCCUCCCUUUCCCCGGACGUGGGUUCCGCUGGCGUCCGUUUACGAACUCCAUCCCGAUCGACCCACACCGUUGCGUUUUCUGGGGCAAUCUUACGUCACCUAUCAGUCCAAUGAUGGCCAGUGGGCGGUUUUCGAUGACGCCUGUCCCCAUCGUUUAGCACCACUUUCGGAAGGACGGGUCGAUCGCCAGAAGAAUCGUUUGGAGUGUUCGUAUCACGGAUGGGAAUUCGACGCGGACGGAAGGUGUCAAGAAAUUCCGCAAGCCGACUUCUCAACCAUGCAAAAGGCCAUGCAGAAUGAACGCUGUCACGUCAAGUCCUAUCCCGUGCACGUGGAGAAAAAUAUCUUGUUUGUCUGGCCCUGGGCUGACGAGGACCCGCUGAUUACAGUCUCCCAACCGCACUGUGCGCCUGAACAUUUUAUGGAGGGCGUCUCGGAAAAUUGCACCACCUACACUCGUGAUUUGCCCUACGGAUGGGACACACUGUUGGAAAACAUCGUAGAUCCUAGUCAUGUGCCGUUUGCUCAUCACGGAUUACAGGGUAAGCGCGAAGACGCCAUUCCUAUCAAUAUGACGUCUCCUUCCGACCUAUCACCGGAAGGAUUUGUUUUCCAGUUUGAGGAUCGCACCAUGAGUAUGCGCCGACAAGGCGGUGCUGUUUUCCGGGCACCUUUUGUGAUACACUACAAGGCUGACUUUGAAACGCCCUCAAAAGAAAAACAGAAAAAGCGGGCAAACUCACCCAAAGUAUUUAACUUGACGGCCAUAAUGCUGCCCACCAAACCCGGCUGGAGUCGCAUCAUUCUCAUGGGUGCACCUCGCACUAAGCAAAUUGAAAAGAAAGAGAAAGAACGAUUGGUCGCAAAAAUAUUUCGUAAGCUCCCUUCUUGGCUGGUUCAUACGUUCAGCAAUCGAUUUCUGGACAGCGAUUUGGCCUUUCUGCAUUUCCAGGAACAGGAGCGCGAACGUCGGGGCGUCGAUGCCAGAGCAUACUUCAUGCCGGCCCAAUCGGAUCGCUGCGUCAGCGCUCUACGAAAAUGGAUUCUUCAGUAUGCACACAUUCCUGGUCCGUUACCGGCUCCACUAACGGACCGCGGUGUACUGUUCAAUCGAUGGACGCAGCACGGCGAGCAUUGUCGACAUUGUACAUCCGCUAGAAAAAGGGUAGCGAAAUGGCGAACGAAUACUUUGCGGUUAUUGGCAAUCAGUUUGGUCUUGGCCAAGUUUACUGCCGCUCGUGUUGUGGCGGCCUUAUCGUUGCUGCUUUUGAACCGUUUGUCCGCCGUUGACAAGGCCUUUUCAGACGGUGGGUUCAGUCACUAUGACAACCAUUAA